AUGGCAGCCCCGGCGCCAUGCCCGCUAACCUCGGGCUCACCGCCCCCCAGCUCACGCCUACAGGUCAUUCGCAAGCCAAGCCUCCGCAUUCGGCAGGCCGUGCAUGACAACGUGCCGCUCCUCAUGAGGCUGCAGCACAAAGGCGACCUGCGGAACACGGAUAAGGCGCGCUUGACAAGCUUGGCAUGGGCAGCUCUCGAACUGAGCGUCGAGUCAUUCGAAUGGCUCCUCCUCGAGUACGGGCACGACGACUCUGAGCUCUCAAGAGACGCGGAUAACAACAACAUCUUCCACUUCCUGGCAGCAGCACCGGCUCCACCCGGCUUAUCACCAUUUACGGACCUGCUCCUCUCAGACUCACUCUUCCCACCACGCGCCCCACGGCCGGUGGGACACGCGAUUGAGUUAAGUCUUCGCAUGACGGAGGCGUAUUACGACCUCUUCCGGAUCGUCGACUGGUCCAAUUCAUCUGGCAAGACGCCCCUUCACUACGCGGCGCAAGUGGACAACGCGCCGUUCAUUGACCUAUUCUGCGAACUUGGUGCCGAUGUGGACCUGGCAGACCUACAGGGUAACACGCCACUACAUUACGCCUCAGCAUGGGGACAUAUGGGGAGCGUGCAAGUGCUCCUCGAACGCGGGGCGCAGAUGGGACUACGUAACCUCGAGGGCUUUACGCCUGCCGACUACGCGUACUCGAACUCGGCGCGGGUUGCCAUAGACAACAUGGCCCGCGAAGUGAAUGAGGAGCGCCGCGCGCGGAGGAAGGAGGCCAAGCGCCUUGAGCGCGAAGCUCGAGAACGAGAAGAGAGAGAGCUCCUCGCUGCACAGGAGGCAUGGGAGAGCCAACAGGCCGAGAGCCGCGAGCGCGAGCACCGCGAACUGGCAGAGGCGCAAGAGGAAUGGGAGCGUCAGCAAGCUGCCCGCGAACGUGAGCGUGAGGAGGCGCAGGUGCCAGAAACAGGGGGUGCUUGGCCCCAGGCGCAGAGUUACUCCCAUGGAGAAGAGUACGCGGGGCAGGGAUACGACGUACCAAGCGGUGUGUUCGCUGCUGCCACAGCCGCCGCACAGGCCCGCGACCACCGCGGCUCCUACCGCUCAGAGCGGACGCCUGUUUCGAGUGGCGCGUACGUGCGCGACGGCUCGCCCACGCCGCGGCGUCAAUCGGACGUACCUAUAUUAGCGUUCGCAGCCCCAACACCACCACAGGCUCCGGCUCUUGUCAUGCCACAACAAUCCCCAUCACCAACGCCACCGCGCACCCCAAUGCGACGCACCCCGCAACCAUCCCCGCCGCGGUCGCCCUAUCCUGCGCAGCAGGGCAUGCAGCGCACCAAUUCCGCCCACAGCUCCAACUACCGUGUGUCCCCGUCGCAUAGCGACGUGUAA